AUGUUGAAAUGGUUGAUCACCAAUGCCCGAGCAGCUGUGGUCACCCUUGAUGCGGUCAACAACCUUAAAAAGGGCCACCCCAUCAUCAAAUUGCAAGGAUGUAUUGGUGCUGUGAUUCAAAUUGUCAUCGGGAGAACCGAUAAUCCUUGGUUUCCCGAAUUCGGCACACUCUUGUCACUAGAAGAAGGAGAACGAGUCAAGGUCAAGAGACAGGCUCAAGGCGUGAUGGACUUGCAUGUGGAAGCAUCCUCUGCCGAGGAUGGGCGUGUCUCAACCGAUUUUGUGGACGACGAAGCCAAGAAGACCAAAAGAUCCGUUUCCAUUACGCCAGCAAUGAGUAUGUUACUAUACAACCUGCUGGGGGUUGAUGCGACCAUUUAUGACAAUUGGGAUGGACUUGAGGUUACCACAGCGCUACAUGCUGUGUAUCUGGAGACACUGAGCAACUCCACUACCCAAGAAAAGGGUGUGUGUCUCGCCCGCUUGACAAAAGCGGUGCCGCCACCAAAAGCGACGAAGCGAAUUCACAUCCCUUCUCAAGCUGACACUCCUACCAUAUUUAUAAAUGGAGAAAAAGCGCCUUUUUGCGAUGUCAUCACCAAUUUCCGAGGCCUUCAGGCGAAGCACACGAAGAAUGGAGAAGAAUAUGAUCUCUUCCUCGGUGAGGAAUUGCAGAAAUGGGGUCUCCUGAAGACGGAGCUAUCAGAGGUCAUGCUGAGUGGGCAAAGCGUUGAUCCACCAGCUGAUGAUGCAACUGAUGAUGAGCAAAGCAUGGAAGCUUCAGCUGAUGAUGAUUGUGAAGAAGAAGUCGAAAAUGAAGUCUCGGAAGCUGCAGCUACUGCAAAAGACAAUGGCGCAGGCGCUGGUAGCUCAAGCACGCAGGCGAAUACCGACAAAGACAAGGGAAGAAGAAGGAAAAGAGCCAGAAGGCAUUCAGAAUGGGCAACGCAACGAUGGGUGCUUUUUUGCACACUUGGAAGAAUGCCAUUACAGCGACCUCCGAAGAUGCGAAUGCAGAAGAGAGCAACCCGAUCGCCCCGCGGUUUCUGA